AAUUCUAUCAUUAACAUCAGUAACAUCUGAAGAAACAACAUUGAGGCUUUGUUUUGAACGUCUUUACCUAUACUUUACAUUUAAAACGUCUUAAAGUAGAAUUAUCUAUUAUGAUCAAGAGAUAGCAAGGAAUCUGAAUGUAUAUAUCAGCUUGUUUUCAUAGUCUAAUCAUUCCAUAUUAAAUCCCAAAUCCAGUUAGACCGUAAACAUGGUACAUAAAUGUGUGGUUGGUGGUUGUCCGAACCGAUCGGACAACAUUAUUCAUUACAUGUUACCCGAGGAUCCGAAAAGACGCAGUCUUUGGUUAAAGUUUAUUGAAGACAGUAAAGCUGAUGAAGAAAACGCGAACUCUUCAUGUCGGGUGUGUGGGGAUCAUUUCUCCGAGGAGAACUACUUCAAAAUGGAUCUGGGUUACACCACAUGCUUGAUACUAAGCGUGGAUGCUGUUCCUACAGUAUAUACUGUUAAUCGAUCAUCUGAGACUGAAAAGGAGUUAGGGGAAGCAGAAGAUGAGAGUGUGGAAAAUGACACAUGCAAAAUCACAAUUUCUGAGGCCAUUUCACUUGCGUGCGUCAAAGAGGAGCCUCUUGAAUAUGAGCUGAGUUCCAACAUGACAUCUGGACAAGAGCAGAAUUCCUCACUGGAUGAGUGUGUUAAAUGUGAGGAGAGCGAACUGGCCGUUACAGAGGACUGUAUUUCGACCGUCAUUUUAGAGGAUAAAAAAGAUCAUGUCAAAAGAAAGUAUACCAGCUGUUUAACUUGUGGCCAGAGGUUUCGUAGUAAACGCAACCUAAUGAAGCAUCAACGUGCUAAUCACGGUAAAAAGAAAAACAAAUCUGAAGUUAAAGAAAAGUUUCAUAUGUGUUCAACUUGUGGGGAGAGGUUCGAUGAAAUGAGUCUCCUUUUGCGGCAUCGAGCCAUACAUGCUAAGGAGGAUCCUGAGAAGAGGUUUGUGUGCCAACAGUGUGGAAAAGGCUUUGCCCAUCAAGCUUUCUUAAAAGCUCACCAGAAAGUUCACGAAGAUGCGGAGUCGACCAUGCCGUUCACCUGCCACUUAUGUCCCAGACGUUUUGGCUACAAAGUUGCUCUCGUUGCUCACAUGAAGCAUCACUCGUCCAAACUUACGUGCAUCUGCCCCAUCUGUGAAAAGACCUUUCAGUUCAGAGGUUCCCUCAUUCAGCACCUCAAAUCAUCUCACGCUGGGGAAAAACUCUUGUGUAAGACCUGCGAUAAGGGUUUUCUAAGAGUCAAUGGCUACAUCAAACACAUGGACAAACACAAUGUGAUGACCCCGUUCUACUGUGACAUCUGCAAAAUUUAUCUCUCACAGCGAGGCUACGUGGCACACAUGCUCACCCAUGAGCAGAAGCCAGAGGAGUCCGUUGAGAACCAACCAAACGCUAUCGAUAUGAACAAUUCAGAAGAAGGAAUUGAGCUUGUGAUGGAGCCGCUCAGCGAAGAUGAGAUGGAAGUUCUUGCUGAGAGUUCAAUGGACUGUUCAAUGGAUCUUUCAACAUUGGAGGAUGUGGAGUCUGGAAAGGUGGUUCUGGAAAAGGAACUUCCCCAAGAUAACCAUGAACCAUCAACAGUUGAGGAUGUGGAGUCUGGAAAGAUAGUUCUGGAAAACGAACCUCCUCAAGAUAAUCAUGAACCACCAACAGUUGAGGAUGUGGAGUCUGAAAAGAUGGUUCUGGAAAAGGAACUUCCCCAAGAUAAUCAUGAACCACCAACAGUUGAGGAUGUGGAGUCUGAAAAGAUGGUUCUGGAAAAGGAACCUCCUCAAGAUAAUAAUGAACCACCAACAGUUGAGGAUGUGGAGUCUGAAAAGAUGGUUCUGGAAAAGGAACUUCCCCAAGAUAAUCAUGAACCACCAACAGUUGAGGAUGUGGAGUCUGAAAAGAUGGUUCUGGAAAAGGAACCUCCUCAAGAUAAUCAUGAACCACCAACAGUUGAGGAUGUGGAGUCUGAAAAGAUGGUUCUGGAAAAGGAACCUCCUCAAGAUAAUAAUGAACCACCAACAGUUGAGGAUGUGGAGUCUGAAAAGAUGGUCCUGGAAAUGGAACUUUCCCAAGAUAACCAUGAACCACCAACAUUUGAGGAUUCUGAGUCUGGAAAAGUGGUUCUGGAAAAGGAACCUCCUCAAGAUAACCAUGAACCAUCAACAGUUGAGAAUGUGGAGUCUGGAAGGGUGGUUCUGGAAAAGGAACUUCCCCAAGAUAACCAUAAAGAUGAGGAGAAGAACGAGGACAGUGCUGGCCCACAAUAAGAACUCAGUUUAAACAAGUUUUAGUUUUGUAUAAUACUGUUUUACCAGUACUGUAUAAUACAUUUUGUUAAAUUUAGUAUAAACCAUUUAGUUUACCAUUAGAGGCGAAAGUUUUUUUUUUUUCUUUCAUUAGUCAGGAUUAUGAUUAAACCCAAAGGCCUAAUCUAAUUAAAAUGUUUAAAUGUUAGUUACAAUGUUAACUAAUAAAAAUUUCAUAUUGUAGGCAGAUUUCUGCAUUUGUUACAGAUGUAACAAUAUAUAUAUAUUGUUGUCACACAUACCGUACUGUACAUUAUUUUAUCAUGUAGAAAAUGUAAGUCUCUGUGUUAUUGGUAAUAAUGUUUAGCCAUUCUAAAAACAUUUUAUGCAUAUAUUCACAAAGACAUGUAUUUUGUAAGAUGCAUUUCUUAAAAUCACGAUUAAAAUGCAUUUUUAUUAAAGA